CUGCUUUCUAUUUUAUAAUAUUCAUCUUUUCAAGGCCACCUUAUUUUACUAAGUCUAACCCACCCACCAUGUUUUUUUUUUUUGUCCUCCCUUUAAACCCCACGUUUACUCUUAUUUUUUGGCCUAUUCCUUCUGGUACUCCAAUAUUUCACCAGAACAUCUGUUUCUUUCUUUUCUGGUGGAGCAACAAGAAUCUUUGGGGUGUUUUCUGAAUUGGGUUAUCGCCAUUUUUUUAUUUCGAAUCCUGUUUAGCGAAAGUAUUUAGUUUGAUAUGUAAGUGAUAUAGAUAUCAUCAAGUUCAAAAUCUUUGAGUGGUGAGCAAGUACUCUUGAUUAUAUGGCGUAUCCUGCGUACACGUCGCUAUCGUUUGGAGGUUCAGAGCAUGGGCAGGGCCAACAAGUUUUGCCAUUCAAGACUGCCAAGGGGUCUCUCAAGGUCUGUCUUUUACAUGGCAACUUAGUUAUAUGGGUAAUGGAGGCCAGAAACCUUCCUAACAUGGACAUGGUUCAUAGGACUCUCGGCGACAUGUUUGCUAAAUUUCCAGGGAAGUUUGGCAGCAAGACCGAAGGGCAAGCGCCGCAGAAGAUAACCAGUGAUCCCUAUGUGACAAUUUCUGUGUCAGGUGCUGUGGUUGGGAGGACGUUUGUGAUUAGUAAUAGCGAAAACCCGGUUUGGGGGCAGCAUUUUGAUGUUCCGGUCGCGCAUUAUGCUUCGGAGGUGCAGUUUGUUGUGAAAGAUAGUGAUGUUGUGGGAUCACAGAUCAUGGGUGCUGUGGGAAUCCCAGUUGAGCAAUUACUUUCUGGCAUGAAAGUAGAGGGAACAUUUCCGAUACUUAAUUCGAGCGGGAAAGCGUGUAAGCCUGGAGCCGUUUUGAGCUUGUCAAUUCAGUAUAUCCCAAUUGAAAAACUGACAUUUUAUGAUCAGGGAGUAGGUUCGGAUCCUGAUCAUCAAGGCGUCCCCGGCACUUACUUUCCUCUUAGGAGAGGCGGUAAGGUGACUCUGUAUCAAGAUGCACAUGUUCAUGAUGGUCGCCUUCCGAAUUUGGAGCUUGACGGCGGUGUUCAGUAUGAGCAAGGGAAUUGUUGGCAAGACAUGUUCGAUGCAAUAAGUCAGGCCCGUCGCUUGAUAUACAUUGCAGGGUGGUCUGUGUACCACAGAGUUAGAUUGGUUCGGGAUAAGAAUGAUGCCGCGGAUUACAUGUUAGGUGAUCUUCUUAAGGCCAAAUCACAGGAAGGUGUGAGAGUGCUGCUUCUUGUUUGGGAUGAUCCAACUUCCCGGAGAAUUUUGGGAUAUAAAAUGGAAGGGGUCAUGCAAACCUCUGAUGAGGAAACUCGGCGUUUCUUCAAGCACUCUUCAGUCCAAGUGCUGCUUUGCCCUCGAUCUGUUGGGAAGGGUAGCUGGGUCAAAAAGCAGGAAGCCGAAACUAUCUAUACCCAUCAUCAGAAAACAGUGCUUGUGGAUGCUGAUGCAGGCAAUUCUAAAAGAAAGAUCAUUGCAUUUGUUGGAGGUCUUGAUCUAUGCCUGGGGCGCUAUGACACUCCGGAUCAUCCAAUCUUUAAGAGUUUACAGACAGUGCACAAAGAUGACUGUCGUAACCCUACUUUCUCGGAGCGCUCUGUUGGUUGUCCAAGGCAGCCAUGGCAUGAUUUGCACAGUAAAAUUGAUGGUCCAGCAGCAUAUGACAUCCUUGCCAAUUUUGAGGAGCGUUGGUUGAAAGCUUCAAAACCCCGCGGGCUUCAAAAAAUUAAAACACCGCAUGAUGAUGCACUACUAAGGAUUGAGAGAAUUCCUGAAAUUAUUGGGAUGGCGGAAGUUCCUUGCCUGAGUGGCGAUGAUCCAGAAGCUUGGGAUGUUCAGGUUUUCCAUUCAAUUGAUUCCAAUUCUGUGAAAGGAUUCCCGAAGGACUCAAAAGAUGCUACAAGCAAGAACCUGGUUUGUGGGAAGAAUGUGCUGAUAGACAUGAGUAUACAUGCAGCAUAUGUCAAGGCAAUCCGUGCGGCUCAACAUUUCAUUUACAUAGAAAACCAGUACUUCCUUGGGUCAUCAUAUAAUUGGAACUUAUACAGUGAUUUAGGUGCAAACAAUUUAAUACCAAUGGAAAUUGCUCUUAAAAUCGUAAACAAAAUCAAAGCAAAUGAGAGGUUUUCUGUAUAUAUUGUAAUCCCCAUGUGGCCAGAAGGUGUUCCUUCAAGCACUCCUAUUCAAAGAAUUCUCUUUUGGCAGAAUAAAACAAUGCAAAUGAUGUACGAAAUGAUUUACAAGGCUCUAAAAGAGGCUGGACUUGAAAACAAGUAUUGUCCACAAGACUAUUUGAAUUUCUUUUGCCUCGGGAAUCGCGAAAUACCGAAUGGUGAAGAAACUUGUGCUGCAAACAAAAAAGAAGCAAAUACUCCCCUGGCGCUCACUCAGAAGAAUCGGCGUUUUAUGAUUUAUGUCCAUUCUAAAGGAAUGAUUGUGGAUGAUGAAUAUGUUAUAAUAGGAUCUGCAAAUAUCAAUCAGCGAUCCUUGGAAGGUACCCGGGAUACCGAAAUAGCAAUGGGAGCAUACCAGCCUCAUCACACCUGGGCUAGAAAACUCUCUAGUCCACAUGGAAAGAUAUAUGGAUAUAGAAUGUCACUUUGGGCAGAGCAUACAGGAUGUCUUGAAGAAUGUUUCAAGAAGCCGGCGAGUCUUGAAUGCGUGAGACGGGUGCGAUCCUUGAGCGAGCAGAACUGGAGGCAAUACGUUGCGGAUGAGAUUACAGAAAUGAAGGCUCACCUCCUGAAAUAUCCGGUUGAAGUCGAUCAAAUGGGCAAGGUGAAGGCUAUUCCGGGCUGCGAAACUUUUCCAGACGUCGGCGGCAACAUACUGGGGGCAUUCAAAGCCAUCCAAGAAAAUCUCACCAUCUGAUCACAACAGAUUUUUCAGUGC